AUGGGGGGUGUGGCGGCCUGGAUGGGUCAAACCCCGUCCCCCCUUGUUCCUCCCCCCCCGCGUUUUGGGGUCCACGUGGGCCCCUGGCAGCGGGGCAGAGACCCGGGGGCGAUGGAUGCGCUCAAGGGGCAGGUCCUGACCACCAAGGAGACCACUUUGAUCACAGUCUCCAAGGAGGACAAGAACAGGGGUAAUGCACCCAGCGGCUACUUAUCCAGGGCCAGCAGCAAUGCAGGGCUGACCCAGCUGGAGACGGAGGCCUUCGAGACAAAUGGAAUGAUCCAGGCGAUGCUCCCAGAUUCCCAGAAGAUCCUGACAAAUGAGCUGGAGAUCAUCAAAAGCCAACUCCAUGCCCAGGCAAAGGCCUUCGAAGCCCUGAGCCACUCGGUCUCCCUGCUGGAGCAGGAGAGCAGCCUGCAGCAGCGAAAGAUCCAGCAGCUGGAAGAGGAGUUGAGCCGAGCCUGCGGCCCGGCCCAGGGGGAGAUGUUCGAGCGACUGGUGGAUGGGAAGAUCCUGGAGGUCUGGGCUGCCAUGGCCAAGGAGGUGGAAGGGCUGCAGGAGUCUCUGCUGGAGCGCCCCGACCACCGCAUGAUCCAGAGGGGGGACUCGCUGGAGAACCUGUCCUUGGAGAUCCUGGAGAGCAAGAAAUUCCUCUGGGAGGAGCUGGAGUCAGUGCAAGAGGAUCAGGAGGAUGAUAUAACCAAGAACCUCGUCAGCAUAAAGAAAAUGCACGAGAAUCAAGUGAAAUGCAGGAAGAUCCUGUCGCAGCUGAAGGGCAAAGGGCCGGGCGCAGAGGCGGCCCUGGAGUCUGUGGGCAGAGGCAGAGAUAGCAGGCCGGUCAAAGAGGAGCUGAAUGAUAUAUGGUCGGCCGUCAACACCCUGCGGAACUCCAUGGCUAGCUGCAGCCUCCGGGGCGACGGCCAGGCAGCGGUGAGGGUCACAGGCCGUCGGAGCCGUCGGCACCGCAUGGCCAUCUCGGCCAGCCCGCCAGCCCCUGCCGCAGAGCCAGCCCUGUGCCUCUGCCAGGAGGAAAGCAGCUCAGACCACAGCUCCUGCGAGGGCCCCUGCCCCUAGGGGGGCCGUGCCGGCUGAAAGCAGAGAGUGCCAGGGACCUGCCAGGGGCCUGGCCUGUGGAUGAGACCGAAUUAAACAGCUGCUUAGGAGUGACUGGGCCUGGGGGCCUUCCGUGGGGCCAGGCUCCUUAAGGCCAGAUCGGAGGAACUCGGGGGCCCAACCCAGCGGGGAGGGUUGCCUGGCCAGAAAAUGGAUCCCCUGUCCCUAGCGUGGACCAUUCAUGACCUCCCUGUGUGAUGCCCUGUGGAGGUGGAAUGCCCUCCUCUUCUCUAGCAGCCCUGGGGGCAGAACCCAGGGUCCUGGCUCCCAGCCACGCCUGCUCUAACCACUAGACCCCACUCCUCUCAGGGAGCUGGCAACACAGGAGUCCUCGUUCCCAGGCCUUCCUGCUCUAAUCACCAGACCCCACUUCCCUGCUGGAGCCAGGGAGAGAACCCAGGCGUCCUGGCUCUCAGGGCCCUGCUCUAACUACUAGACCCCUGCCAGAGCCAGGGAGAGAACCCAGGCAUCCUGGCCAAGCAGUUUGCUCUGUGUGAAGAAACCCCUCCCCCCACGCCACCCCCGUCCGGAAGGAGCAUCCAGCGCCAUGAACUGGGUGUGGAGAGUUUGUGGCUCUCGGCAGCUGCCGUUUCCUGACCAAAGGAUUCAGAUGUGAGGGUUGCAGCCGCGCUGGGAGAAAGGAGGGUGUGAAAGCCACUGCAUCCGAUGCCUCUCCCAGCCCUGCGGGGUCUCCUGGUAGCCACUAGGGGCCAGCACUGACUGUGAGGGGACAGCGCCCCCUACUGGGCCUCCACCCCACUCCCUGCAGCACAGCGCCCCCUAGUGCCACCCUGGGGCAAUGGGACCAGCACUGACAGCGAGGUUUCUUGCACCUUCUCCUACAGCAGCUGGUACUGGGCACCUUCGCAGACGGGGAUGCCCUUCUGCAGUGAAUUAACAGAGCUGAAGGCGAGACGGGUCCAUCAGAUCUUGUCUGACCUCCUGGGUGGGGGAACGGACACCCUGCAAAUACAGGGCUGGGAGGAUAGGAGGGGGAGUGAGGGGAGGCGGUGAGACGUGGGGGUGGGGGUCAAGCCAGCUCCAGGCUGGGAAGGAGGGUCCUGGAGGUUCCUACCAUGCCCAUUCCAGCUCCUCUCACCUGCACCCCUGCCCUGCCCUGUGGAUCCCAGGCCGGAGAAUUGUGCCCACCGGUUCCUGGAGCCAGCUCCGAGUUGAAGUGUCUUUUAGAAAGUUCAGCUGAUCUAGAGGUAAAGACUCCGAGUUGUGAGAAUCCACCACCACCCUGGGUCAGUUGCUCCGAUGGUUCCUUCCCCACCCUCUCUAAAACCGGGCGUCUUAUUUGUAGUCUGAAUGUGUCUCGCUCUGGCUCCCAGCCGCUGGAUCUCGCUGGACCCUUUUCUUCUGGAUCCCAAGGCCCCUAAGGCUCAGAAAUCUCCCCAUGCAGCUCCCUGGAGCCGGGAUUGAGUCACCAAUUAAUCUUCUCUUAGGUCCGUUUCUUGAGUCUCUCUAAGGGGGCGACUCGUUCUCGUAGCUCCUGUCUGGAGCCAGCUCAGUGGCCUUUUUGGAAGCCCGCACCCCAGAACCGGGCGCAGCUUCCCAGGAACUGGCUCGCCUGAGGGCCCAAUUGCUUCCAAGUGCAACGACUCCAUCCGUGUUCAAAACCUGCCCGGCUCCCGGAACGAGAGGUCUCUGUAUUUCCCAGUGGUGUUGGACGGCUUCCACCCCAGUGUGUGACCCAUUCCCAGCCCCAGCUGUGGACAGAUUUCGCCAUGCUGCCUUGCAAUCCUCUUGGCUAGUCCCUGGUUAUUUGAUAGCCAUCGCUCAUCUCCCCAGUCCUCCAUUUCCGACCUGUGUCCUGCGAUAACUCUCCUCCCAUCACCCCCCAGGAGUUAUUGACCGGAAUCUGCCUCCCGAAACGAUCCUGGGUAUAUUUUUGACAUUUGAGAUGUUACAGCUGCUUCACUGGGGCAUUUUCUGCUCUACUGACUCCUGGCUGGGGCUUUACGCUCUCGGGGGGGGGGGGGGGUUAUUGCUUCUCACGCUUCCCUUUUGUGAUGCGUUCCGAGAUCCAAACUAGCGUCUUGCUAAUUCGUAUUUUUAUAUUAGAGGCCCCAGCUGAGAUCAAGGCCCCGUUGUGCCAGUUCCUGCCCCUGCUGAGAUCAGGGCCCCGUUUCGCCGAGCGUUGCACAGACACACAAUGAGAGACAGUCCCUGCCCCCAGGCUGAGAUCAGGGCCCCCCUAAGCCAGGUGCUGCUCACAGCUCCAAGGAGGUCACACUCAAAGGAGACACAGCAGGGAUCAUGAGCCUCAUUGUACAGAUGGGGAAACGGAGACCCAGAGAGAGGAAGUGACUUGCCCACGGUCACCUAGGCAGUCUGUGGCAAAGUUGGGAAUGGGACCCAGGCAUCCUGGCCCAGUGCCUUAGGCCCAAGGCCACUCUGCUGCACUUGCAAGCAUGCUCAGGCCAAGAAUCCAUGGACAAGGAGCUUCCAUUUCCCUCCGAGUUGGGGGUCCCGCUAGGGCCAGUCCAGUCUGUGGCUAGGAGCUUCCCCUGCCAGCCUGGACCUGCUGUAGGGAGAGAGAGGGGAGUUGCUUAGCCUCUGUAGGGCUGUAGAUCCCUCUGAGCAGUGCUGGGGGUCAGGGAAUUUCCCAGGUAUUCGCUCCUCCAUGGGGCAGCUGUCAGCGGCGUGGGGGUGGGUUAGCCUCUGCAUUCCCUUCAUGCAAUGGAGGAUUUAGCGCUGAACUGGGGGGCCCGGGAUCCACAGAGCACAGAGCUGGGCCUUCCAGCUUCUUGGAUGCCUCCAAGAAGCAGCAGGUGUUCCACCGGAAGCUGUGCUGGACUGUGCUGCGUUUCGCACGAGCACUUGUGAACGGAAAGUGCCCUGUUUCUCACCAGCGAGCGGAAGUGGAACCUGCCGCAUCUUGCACAGGUGCAUGGGAAUGGUCGCCCCUGUGUUUUACACUUGGGAAUGGAGCAGACUGUUUUGCACAAGCACUUGGGACUGGUAUCUGUUGUGAUUUGCACAAGCACGUGUGAAGGGAGUGGACUGUUUCCCAUGAGCGUUCACGUUGUCCUUUUCUGUUCUCCUUUGCUUUUCCCAACCAGUUCUCCCCCCCCACCCCCAGAUCCCCGUUAGCUUGCACCUGCCUGAGAGAAAGCUACCCUGACCCACAUGCUUCAUGCACUCCCUGGGACUCUUUUGGGGCUACCCCAGGGGUGCAGGGUGAGUCACAGCUUGCCUUGCCUGUACCCCAAACUAUGAGCUGCUGGCACUGCAAACCCGGCAUUUCCCCUCUGCCAGCUGGCCAUUUGUACACCCCAGAUGCCCUCGGUGAGUGCUUGGAUCAGAGCAGAGAGAAUCUGUGGCCAGCUCCAUGGAGCUACUUUGCCCCCCGGGUUCACUCUGGCCCAGGGCACGGGUCCCUCCAGCCUGUCCGUGC